AGAAAAACCAGUUCUAUAACCUUAUAUGGUGCCUUGCUCCUUAUGCCACUUUUUGGAACCAAAAUAAAACACCACAUGAGCUUCUUCACUUUCAUUUUCCUCUCUUUUCUCUUCCACUUGGAAAAAAGUUUCAAGCUUUGCUAAUUUCUCUCUGACCCAAAAACAAACAUGGCUAAAGGAGACAGCUUUCUGUCUCCAUCACAAGAACCAUCUUUUUUUCUUCCUCACCCAAACCCACCACCACCACCACCUUCCCUUCGAACUCCCUCUGUUAUUCGAUCUGACAGUUUCAGCUUCAACGAUAAGGCCUUGAAGGUUAGUCCAAGCAUACUCCUCAUCAUCAUCAUCCUCGCCAUUGUUUUCUUCGUUUCUGGUUUGCUUCACCUACUUGUUAGGUUCCUAUGGAGGCCUCAGAGUAGAGACCCUGAUGAUUUUGACAAUGGCACUGCUCUUCAAGGCCAAUUGCAGCAACUCUUCCAUCUCCAUGAUGCUGGUGUUGAUCAGUCCUUCAUAGACACGCUCCCUGUGUUCCACUACAAAGCCAUCAUAGGCUUGAAGAACCCUUUUGACUGUGCCGUUUGUUUGUGUGAGUUUGAACCGGAGGACAAGCUUAGAUUGUUGCCCAAAUGUAGCCAUGCUUUUCACAUGGAGUGCAUUGACACAUGGCUUUUGUCUCAUUCUACUUGUCCUCUCUGUAGAGCUAGCUUGCUCCCUGAUUUCUCUGCUAACAACACCAGCAACACGUGUUCCCCCAUUGUUCUUGUCCUCGAAUCUGGGAGUGAGAGUUCUAGGGAGAUUAUUGCUCCCGAAAGAGAUACUGCUGCUGCAGCUGUUGCAAGAACAAGCUCUGUCAUAACAUCGAAUUCCUGUGAAUUUGGAUCAUCAACAAGGAUUGAUUUUCAAAACAAAUCAGGUGAGUUGACUUCUUCAGGUGACAGCAACAAAGUUCUUAAUAUUGAUGCAAAUGGUGUAGAGAAAGUGGUGACUGUGAAGCUGGGCAAGUUUAGGAAUGUUGAUGGUGGUGGUGGUGGAGAAGGAAGCAGUAGCAGCAACAACAAUGUGGAUGGAAGGAGGUGCUUCUCAAUGGGGUCAUUUGCUUAUGUUAUGGAUGAGAGUUCUUCACUACAGGUACCAAUAAGAACCCCAAUGAAGAAGAAACAGUCAAAUAGUAAAAAGAAGAGUUCUUUGCCUUUGACACCAGGGCACAGGCCUGCAAUGUCAGAAUAUGACUCUGAGUCCAGAAGGGAUUUCAGAUUUGCAUGCUUUGAUGCCUCUAAAAUUGAGGAUUUUGGUGGUGCUGAAAGUAGUAACACUAAUUGUAAUGGGGCUGCAAUUGGAAGGGGCAGAAUAGAAAGCUUCUCUAUAUCAAAGAUUUGGCUGAGAGGGAAGAAGGAGGAGAAGCAAAAUGCAGCUGGAGAUUCGUCCAGAAGAGCUGUUUCAUUCCGGUUUCCGGCACCACAGAAGAACGCUGUUGGUUCUUCAGAAGAGAUGAAGGCUAAUAAGAAUGUGAAAUUUGAUACAAGUAGUACUAUUUCAGAGAUGGAUAUUGCUAAAUGGGAGAAUGGAGGAAGUGAAUAUGGGUUUGAUGAAGAAAGCCAAAGCUGCAAUAGUAUUGAUUUUCAAGCUAGAGCUCCUUCAUUUGCCAGAAGGACUUUGCUUUGGCUCACUGGAAGACAGAACAAGGUUGUUCACUCUUCUUCUGAUUCCAGCAUCUAGCUUUUUGUAUUUGCUUUUACAAUUGUGGAAUCUAGAUUUUGUUAAAGUAGAACAUUGGUGGUGGAAGGAUGCAAGAGAAAUUGAAGGUUAAAAAAACAAAAGAAAAGAAACAAACCAAGAAAAAGUGUAAUGAGUUGUUAGAUCUGAAUAUAGUAUUUCUGCAUAAAGUUUCUUUCUGUACCAUUGAACAAACAACAUAAGGUGGUGAAGGGGGGGAGGAAAACAAUUUUAAGUCCCAUUCUUUUUUUAAAUUCUCUACAUAGAUUAAUUUCAUUGUUGAACGGUCACAUAAUUCUUCAAACAUUUGUAGAUUUCCUUUGGUUGUUGUCUUUGUAAUUUAAGAAAUAGACUCAAACUUAGAAAAAUGCCUUUUUUGGAUGAAUUGUGUUGUUAGGACAGAGAACCAUUUUCAAUGAAAAGUCAAACAUUGAAGUGCCA